AACAACGGCUGGUGGUGACAUUUUAAAGAAAUAGAAUAGGAUAGGAGAGGGAGCAGGAGGCGUUAAAUAAAUUGGGGUGUAAUCUGGUAUUCUGUCUGUAUGUAUGGCCUGUGAAAUAAUAUGUUUUUAAUGAAGGUGGGAACGUAAUAAAAAAAGUUCAUUUAAUUUCCAGGCUUGCUCCUGUGACGGAUUCUGUCAACGUUCCCUGUCCCCUAAGCACCAGCAUUUCCCUGUGCUCUAUGAUCUGACCGGGGAGGGCCCGGCAACCGACUGACAUGAAGAUGGCUGAUGCGGAGAAGACGGAAGAGCUUGUGAAUUCCAAGACACCUCCAGAAACCGCUUUGGAAGUUGCAGCAGGAGAUGAGACCCUGAAAACAGAGACCUCCCCCUCGGAGAAGGAAGGAGACAGUCCCCUCCAGGCUGACCCAGGUCUUCUUUCCUCCAUGCCUUGUCUUCUAAUGGAACUUCGACGGGACUCUCCUGAGUCACAGCAGGCCUCCACGGAGAGCGAGAAACAGAUGUCCAGCCGGACCUACGAGAGUGACUCCUCCAACCACUGCAUGCUGUCGCCAUCCUCCAGUGGCCACCUUGCUGACUCGGACACACUGUCCUCUGCUGAAGAGAACGGGGCACCCCUAGCAGGGGCUUCCUGUGCCGCAGAAGGGGGGGACUCCAACUCUGGGGCCGGGGGGUUAGUGGCAGGGGGCAGGAAAUCGAGGCGUUCGCGGUCUGAGAGUGAAAUGUCUUCCACAACCUCCAUGGCUGCUAAGAAGAAUCGCUGGCAGGCGACGGGUGCAGAUAAACAGAAUGGCCGGCUAGCCAAGGUCAAGGGCCACCGAAGCCAGAAGCACAAGGAGCGUAUGAGACUGCUGAGACAGAAGAGGGAGGCAGCCGCCCGGAAAAAGUACAACCUGCUGCAGGACAGCAGUACCAGUGACAGUGACCUGACCUGCGACUCCAGCACCAGUUCCUCCGAUGAUGACAAAGAGGUGUUGGCAAGUGGCAAGACAAUCGCAGGCAACAUCCCAGAUGGUCCUCCUGUAUUAGCACACUAUGACAUUUCUGACACUAACUCUGACCGUGAAGUAGUAAGUGUCAGCAGUCUGCUAGCAGCUGCUGUAGCUCAUGAACUAAAAACUUACCGAACCCAGGAUACAGGAGCAAAUUCUUGGCAAAACAAAGGGGAUCAGUGGUCAAGUAUGGAAACAGGUCACAUUAAUGCAGAGUUUGCAACUGGUGAUUUGUCUACUUGUGGUCCUCUUCAAAUCAAAGAAGAAAUAAAUGUUGCUUCAUCAGACAGUGAAGUGGAAAUCGUGGGUGUGCAAGAAAAUACAAGGUGCAUCCAUCCCAGAGGAGGUGUGAUUCAUAGUAUUUCAUCUUGGAAGCACGGCCCCAUUUCGCAGUACAACAGCACAAGACAAUCUCACCUCUGGACAAGUGUUUCACCCCAACCCAACUGGUCUUCACCGCCAGAAGUAGUAGACCUCACUUUGGAUGAGGAUGCUAGACGCAAAUACUUACUGUGAUAACCUGUGCACUGAUUUUUAUGUUUUCUGUAAUGCAGAAAUAUUAGCUUCACCUUCAGGAGACCCUCCCUGGUGUUAUGGAAUACAUUUAAUGGUGGACACUUCCUUUAUUGAGUGCAGUUUAUUUUGAACUUAAAUAUAGCAAUAUUCAUUUUUGCCUCACUGACCUAGAGGUAUCAUGGUUUUUAAGUAAAGUUCCUUAAGCUAGCUAAAGAUGAUGCUAAAUUUUAAAGACAACUGGAGUUCUAAAAGGUGCAGGAACUUGUUUAAAACUUUUUCCUUUACUUAAUCUAUUUUUUUUUUCAAUUUUCACACUCAUACAACAAUUCAUAUUUCUAUAGCACCUUUCAUCACAAGGAUUCCAAAGCGCUUCACACACACACACACUCAGACAAAAGAACAAGUAAACCAUCUAAUACAGAAUUUCAUAAAACAGAAAUUGAGAUAAAAACAUUGGUUUUAAUUGUAAAUGUGUUAGUUAGUAGAAAUAGAACAAUUAAAAUAUAAAACAAAAAUGUAAUACAGUUAGAGUUUUAAAAAGGACGAAAAGAAAAGGCAGUUUUGAUUGUAAAAUAGAAAAAAUACAUUUUCAAUCAUGACUUAAAAACAGUAAGAGUCCCAGCUUCCCUGAUGGGAGAAGGCAGAGCAUGCCAUAAUUUAGGAGCCUUACAAGAAAAGGCCUGUUCGCCUAUAUUUUUAAUCACCCUGGAAUAACCAGCAGCCCUGCAUCCUGUGAUGGUUAGGAGUAUACAGGAUCAAUAAUUUGGGUUUAAUCCAUUCAGGGCCUUGUAAGUUCAAAGCAAAAUCAUAAAAUAAAUUCUGAACUGCACAGGGAGCCAGUACAAAGAUGCCAAAACAGGGGCAAUAUGUUCACUUUUUCUGGUUUUAGUCAGAAUGAUAGCGGCAGUGUUUUGACUGAGCUGUAAGCAACACACCUCAUGUUUUGGGAUACCAGAACAAAGUGCAUUACAAUAAUUCUAGAUGAAACAAAGGAAUGCAUUAGUCUUUCAGCAUCAGAUACAUAAAUAAUAGGUCUAGGUUUAGCUGUGUUUCUCAAGAGACAAAAAUGUUACUUUACUAACUUUCCUAAUAGGAGUGUGCAAUCAAGCAAGAGCAAGUUACACAUCCAAAUACAACACCUGUGUGGUUGAAUCCCAGACAGGAUAUUUGUAACAUUACAUUAUUUAAUGCACAGGCCUAAUUUGUAAUUAUUAUUUCUUCUAUUUGGUGGCUAGCAAACCUUUUCAAGCAAUCUUUUAGUCUCGAACACUUGGUAAGCAUUGUGGUUUUGCAUCUUGCAAUACAAGAUUUGAGGAAGUUCACAUGUAGCUCAUUUAAUUCUUCAUUUGUUUUAUGCUCAUUUGCAUGCACAAGAUACCACCAAACUACCUUUUUUCUCUUUUGAGCAAAUAGGUAAAAUCAGGAAUUGUAUAGCUUUGAUUCUAUGUACAAUUUUUUUUAUUUUUUUUUCAGGCUUCACUUUUUAAAGACAAAUACAAAAUUAAUUGGAAAUAGUUGUCUUUAAAAUUUCAGCAUUAAAUAAGACUGGGGGGCUUUCUUUGUACUUCCCUAACAGACCUCUUUAGUAUGAGAAUAUACUGCAACUUCCUUAUAGAAUAUUAAAUCUCAUAGCAUCCUGACCUGAAUUCCUCAGAUUGUGCACUGUUUCAAAAUUAUAUAUACUCUAUUAUGUUGGUUAUUCUAUUUUUUUUUUUUUUUUUUUUUUUUUUUAAACAUAAAGGAGCUGGUUUUAAUUAAAGUGAGCAUAUAUUGCAUAUAAUAUCAACAAAGUGGUGUGACCUUUCAGGAAUAUAUUAUGUAUUUGGUGCCAGACCUAAUGAUGGAUGAGGUGAGAUUGGGAGCUUUAUGCAUGGCAUCAAAUGUAAUAUGAAUAUUUUGGAACAUUCUCUUUUUAACUAUUUAUACCAAACACUGUAUGGUGAAUUUGAAGUUUUCUUUGCCUGUGAUAUUUUAAAUGCACUGUUGGCUCAAUUGCUCAAUACCAGAUUAGCUUCCUAAAAGUUCCUAUACCUCAUGUAGGUUGUAUAUGUAUGUAAUAAAAUAUUUUGGCAAGUCUGCUAAAUGUUUGUAAAGCAGUUGAGCUUACAGUGCUCGAAGUGUAAUGUAUUCAGAUAUCCAUAUUUUCUGGAUAGUAUAAAAGGGAAUUUUUUAGCCCUCUUAGCUAAGAGCUAAUUUGUAGACUCAUCUAUUUUCAUAUCAUGCCCUCCCUCUAACCCCCUCCCCCCAUAAAACAAGUGAUUAUGAGGGGUUUGUGUUUUGGUCAUGUACAUGUUCUGUUUUAAUCCCAAAGUUGUAAAUGUACUGAGGUACAUUUACUGAUUUUUUACAGGAGUUAGGUUCAUCCACUGGAAAUCACUAGCACUAAAUGUCAGUUUAAUCCAUGCAUUUUGUCUUGCAUGGCUGACUGUUUAUUCCUCUUAUCUGGUAAUUGCUUGCAGCUUAAAACCGUUUUGUUAUGCAACAGACUUGUUCAAGGAUGGCCAGGGGAGCUUCAGAUGUUGCCAGAUGUUUAGGGAUCUUCCUCAUUAUAAAUUGAUUUGCAAUAUAAACCCCAGUCAAAUCCAAAUUGACAUAACUAGCACCGGGAAUGUAGAUAACUAACUGAAGUUGCUUUUAAUUUUAGCCCUUGUCAAUAUGGGGAGGCCUUCAGAGGAUUUGUAUGAUAUUUUACAUUUUUAUGGAAAAGUGGGAAAUCUAACAAUUCUAUUUUACAGCAUGGAGCACAUACAAUGCAGGCAAUUAUAACUAUACAAAUCACACCUAUAAUUAAAACAUAGGGUUUCCUAAUGCACAUUUUUGUUAAAACCUUUAUUUUUUACUUUCAGUAUUUAAUUAACUAAGAAACCUGAGUGUUGACCUGCUUGAAAUUUUCAGUCUGUAGUAUAAAAGUAAACUAUUUUAAAGCAAAAUAAAUAGUGUAUUAUUUAAA